GCUGGGUGUAAGAUGGUCGACAGGUGACGGGACGGACAUUGAAAUGGCUGCCUAACAAGCGCAAAUCCGAGCUCACCGCACCGAUCAGUGUCCUUGCACGCCAGUGUUCAUAGACAACGACGAGUCCUGCCAAACCCCAGACCAGUCUUCCUCAGCUUCAUUACAGAUUCAUAUCGUUCGCCAUAGCCUCCUCAUGUACAUCAUGGCCGACAAACAAGAAUUCCUCUCAACCCCAACAGCAGCACCUCUCGCUGUCCACCACAUCGACUGGCGCUCCACCGCCAUCCCAGAAUAUGAUGGCCGGCUCGCCUGCACGAUCGACGGCGUCCUCGCACCGUCUGAAUGUGACGAAUUGCUAAAAUUGGCCGAGGCCAGCGUCCAAGCCGACGAGCCAUGGCAGCCAGCCCUCAUCGGCCUGACGCCAGGCACGCAAAUUGCCUCGCGCCCAGGCUACCGUGAGAGCGACCGCAUCAUCUGGUGCGACCAGGCCGUCACGGACAAAAUCUGGGCACGAUGCAUGUCGGUGGACGGAUCCGAGGCGCUGUUCGCCACGGUGCCCCAGCAGUACGGCAAGGUGAGACAAGGCGAGUGGAGGUUUGCGCGACCUAACGAGCGCAUGAGCUUCCUGCGCUACGGCCCUGGCCAGUAUUUCAAGCCACACUGCGACGGGCCGUACUACUACGACGCCGACGACACCGAGUACCAGACACAUUACACGCUGCAGCUCUACCUCUGUGAGUCCCGCGAGGACUCGCCGGACGGCGUCCUAGGUGGCGCCACGUCCUUUCUUGCCAAAGACAAGAAACGGCGUGUGGACGUACACCCCAAAGCUGGUCGCGUGCUCAUCUUCCAGCACGAGGGCCUGCUGCACGAAGGCGCCGAGGUGAGGGAGGGUAUCAAGUACACCAUGCGGACCGAUGUCUUGUACAAGUGGAUCCGAGACCAACAGUAGUAUAUAUUCAAC